CCUCGUCAACUAAGUUUCUUCACUCUCCACUUCAUAAUAUCAAUUUCAUUCUAAACAAUUAGAAAGAACAAAUUAUACAUGUCUCCACAAACAUAAAGAAUAUUAAUUGUUUAAGGAAAAUAUAUUCUUUAGAAUAUUAAAUAUAUCGAGAAAGUAAUUAUAUGUGUGUGGGCGGGUACCCAUGGGUCGGGUUUACCUAAACCCAAACCCGACCCGACCCGGUGAAUAGUAUAGCGAGUUUAAACCCGAACCCGGCCCAAACCCCGUCAACACGGAUUUUACCCGCAUUGACAGAGUUGGGUCGGGUGGGUACCUGUGAAUUCGGGUUUUGUUGUCAUCCCUGCUCACAAACAGACAAACAGUUGUGCUCAUUUGCAACCCUAAUGAUAUUUUAACUCCUAUACAUAUUUCAAUGGAAAUUAGGCUACAAUUGCAGACCCAAGAUUUUUAAUAGGGGCAUCGGCCGCUAAAAUAAGAUAAUAAACAAAUAAAUAAUUCAUAAAAAAAACCACAAUAUUUUUUUCACAAUGAACCACGACAGUUUUUCAUACCCUAAAAGAUUUGUAAAAUAUAUUCAUCGCUUAUGCUGAAAAUCAAUCGAAAGUUUUUCAUACCCUGAAAUAAGUUCUGAGUAUGAUCUCAAUUAUUGAUUUUAUACAAUAUUAAAUGUUUUCAUUCUUAUUUAUUUUUCGACUAAAUUUGUACAAUAUAGCACAUUCAUCAGUGUACUUCCUACUUACUACCAUGCUUUUAUUAUCACAAUGAUAUCCAAAUCACAUUUGGGAUUAGAGCAUUCAAAAGUGUCGGUGUGUAUACUUACUAUCAUGCUUUUAUUUAUCACCAUCACAAUUAGUGAGAGCUACUUUCUCCAGCCCUCAUCUUGCAAAAAGCAGAUAUUCAUCUGUCCAAUUUUCGCUUCACAAGACCAAAGGAAGGACUACCCAACGCUUGGUCACAUUGCUCAGUAAUCAAGCCUCUGCAACAGUACGAAAUGAAGAUUCAGAAAUGCAUGGCACCUCACAUUAUCUGCAUAUAAUAACACGGAAGCACCACUUCUGCUUCUGAACGUUGCCACACCCUUCAGAGCAAAAGCCUCCCUGAGCAGCGAAUUUGGAAUGGUGUUGAGUUGACCAGAGUUGCCGCCACUCUAGCUACUUGAGUUGAGUGCUUUCUUAACUAUCAUUAACCAGCUUUUAUCACGAACCGAACUUCCCACGCAAACGAAACACGUUCACUCCAGAGGUCUGUCACAGCUACACACAAAAUGGAGGAGAUCCACGGGCAAUGGUGCUUGAACGAUUUCUUGUACCUCAUUCUUUUUCCUUUUCUUGCUAGAUGCCUAUAACCUAAAAGCUCAGCCGUCCUUCUAGUUCUAGGCAUACAUAAUUCGCCAAGUUAGUCACAACCAGAGUUCCAUCGAAUCGAAUAAUCUCCCCCGAAUUCCCUUUUCCCACAACUACUUCUGCACCGAAUUUACCCAGUUCGCCGUCGUCCCCCCACUCCACAAUGCUGCCAUACAAGUCCAUAGAGGCGGCGGCGGCCCAAUUGGGGCGCAACCUGACCUACGCCGAGACACUCUGGUUCAAUUACUCCGCCGAAAAGUCCGAUGGCGUCCUCGCCUGCCACAACAUUCUCUUCGUCUGCCUAAUCUUCUCUGUGGUUCCGCUCCCCUUCGUCUUCAUCCAGCUGCUCCGAUCCCCUUUCUUCGAGAAACACAAAAUUCAGCCCAAAAUCCAGACGCCCGCCGCCGAAAUCUUCAACUGCUACAAGGACGUCAUGCUCAACCUCUUAUUCGUCGUCGGUCCGCUGCAGCUCGUCUCUUACCCUUCCGUCAAGGCUGUUGGAAUACAUACCGGGUUGCCACUGCCAUCAGUUGGGGAAAUUGCUGCCCAGCUGCUGGUUUACUUUGUGGUUGAGGAUUAUACCACUUACUGGAUGCACAGAUUCCUUCAUUGCAAAUGGGGGUACGAGAAAAUCCACAAGGUUCAUCACCACUACACAUCCCCAAUUGCAUUUGCCGCACCAUACCUUCACUGGGCUGAAAUCUUGAUCCUAGGGAUCGCAUCUUUUCUGGGGCCGGCAAUGGUUCCUGGUCACGUGAUCACUUUCUGGCUCUGGUUUGUUUUGCGGCAGAUGGAGGCCUUAGAAACGCACAGUGGAUAUGAUUUCCCAUGGAGCGUGACGAAAUGCAUACCAUUCUAUGGUGGUGCAGAGUACCAUGACUACCAUCACUAUGUUGGGGGCCAAAGCCAGAGCAACUUCGCGUCGGUGUUCACUUACUGUGAUUACAUCUAUGGAACUGACAAGGGUUACCGAUGUCAAAAGAAGGCCCUUAAGAAGCUGCAAGAUGGAGUAAAUGGUGGGGAAAACCGAAAUGGAGGCUUCACUUUGGAAUAGACCGUUUGGUGGGGAGAUCUCCAAUGGGUCGCCGUCUAAUGGAUCAUCGAGGCUCUGUUUCAAAAUUAAAAUGUGGUCUAAUUAAGUGUAAUAAAAUUAGAAUGAUUAUAUUAUCCUUAUUUGAAAUGUAACAGCUUUCUCACAUUGUUAAAAAACAAAACCUAUCUAUUAUCUUUCUAAUUUUUGUACUCUCCAAUGACAUCAUUUUCAAUCAUUAUCAUACCUAUUCUAUUAAGUUUUCUUUUAAUAUUUUUUUAUAUAAAUAGAAUUUUCAAAACACCAAUAAUACUUUACAUCAAUAUACGUGUCUAGUGUAUAUGUACAUGAAAUUAUUGACUAAUGAAUAGCAAUAAUAUAACUAAACUAUUCAUUAUGCUCAUGUCAUGACCAAUUAAUCAUUCACUACAAAUACAACGUACCGUAUAUACAAUCAGAACUGGUCUGCUUAACAUGUAAUCUUAAUGUCGCCGGUUCGAGCCCCGCGAUGUCGUCCAUCCUAGGGACUUCAGGCUGAAAAUCAAUGGUUAUUGGUUUGAGCUCCACAAUGUCGUUCCUAACUGAGAGCACCACACUUCCAUCGUCCAUACUCAGAUACUCUCCCAUACCCAACUUAGAAACCAAGAGUGAAUAUGAACUCUCAUCAUUUCUAUUUUUUUUAUAAGGGUGAUGUAUGUAGUUUUUUAUAAUUAGGUGUUACUGAUAAAAAAUCGAACCUUGGAUCCCAUGGUUCAAAAUUAGUGGUGUUACCAGUUACCACUAGGCCACAUUUGUUCGCCAGAAUUUAUGACUAUUUGACAAGUAUGAUUAUACAAUAAACAGUGCUAUUGAGAUGAAAAUGAAAGUAUAUAUUCUCUCAUUUUAUAGUGGAGCGAAAAUGAAUUUUGACUCUAUUUGUACCCCCAGUCUAUAACUUGUAGAAUUUUCGUCAAGAUCAAAAUCUAAAUAUAAUUUUCAUUAUGAAAAAAAUCUAAAUAUAAUUUUGUUGGGGUAAUUAUCAACGAUGAGGAAGUCACAUCUUUAUACACAAUUUAUUUAUGGUCGAAUUUGACACUACUUCGCAUAAUUAUAAUACAAGUUAUGGUUAAACCGACCAAGUGAUACAUCGACGAUAUUAAUUAUGCACCAAUAAGUAAUUUCUUUUAAAGCCGUGAAAGUUGAAAAUACCAGCAGCAGGUAACUCAAAGCUGUCUAAUGAAGUUUUUAAUUCAGAGUUUUUAUGAGAGAAUUUGAUUCGACCAAUAAGAAUUUGUUUAUGUGGGAAGACACCUAUCUAAUGCUCAUGGCAUGAGUUCUCCGGAACCUGCUCAUACUAGGGCUGUAACUAUUAGGGGUGAACAAACACACUUGCAACCCGACCCACCCGUCCAACCCGACCCAACUCACCAGUAUUUAUCACUAAAAUGAAGGUUUUGGGUUGGGUGAGGAUUUUCUUUUGUACAACCUGCCUCUUUUGGGUUGGGUUUGGAUUUUGGAUUACACAACCCGUAGAACCCGACUCAACCUGUGUUCCAAUUAUUGGUAUGAGUUCAUAUCCAAAAAAAUAUUUAUGUCGUAUAUAGCCAUACUUAUGAGAAAAUUAAGAUAUUUCAUCAUGUUUUUCUUUUAAGGCUCCCCUAAUCUAAUGCAUUCUUCGGCUUAAAGUUUAGACAUAAAUUUAAUAUAACUAUGUUUCACAUAAUUCUUUUUCUUGUGUACAAUUUUAAUAGAAUAACAUAUUAUGG